AUGAAUGAAGAAGUAAAUUAUAAUGAUAAUUUUAUAUUUAGCAAUGAAUGGAAUGAGUUAAAUUCAAAAUCUCUUGAAAAAAUUAAGUUAAAUCAAAAUGAUGAGUAUAUGAAAGAUAUGAAUAAUAUGGAUUUUUUUUUUGAUAAUUUUGAAAAUAGUAAUGAUAAUAAUAAAAAAAAACAUAAUGAAUAUAAUAUGAUGAUUGAUAAAAAAAAAAUGACAAUAAAUAAAAAUGAGGACAUUGAUUUUAGCGAAUUAAAUGAUUCUUUAUGGAUAGAUAGUAAUAUGAAUAAUAAUAUAAAAAGUAACAAUAAUAAUAAUAAUAUAUGUAACAAUAUAAAUAGAUCCAAAGAAAAAUUGGAUCAUAUUAAAUACUAUAUUGAUGAUCCUGUUGAUAUAAUAAUAAAAGGUGAGAAUCAAUAUAGUGACACUCAAAAUGUUUCUAAAAAAAAAAAAAUGGAUAAUAUGAAUUCAUUAUUUGAUUUAUGGGAAACUAAUAAUAAACAAAAUGAUAAAAAGUCUGUAAAUGAUAAUGAUAAUAUUAUUAUUGUAUCUGAACAGAAUAAUUAUAAUGAAGAAAAAAAAACCAACAUUUAUAAUUAUAAUAAAAGGGACUCUAACAUUAGAAGUAGGGAAGAUAAGGAAAGUCAUCACAUAAACAACAAUAAUAAUAAUAUAAAUACUCAUAUUGAUAAGUCUUAUCAUACGGGGUCACCUAUAAAUAAAAAAAAAAUACCUCCAAUACAAAACAUUAACAUUAACAGUAAUAUUAACAAUAAUAUAAAUAAUAAUAAUAUUAAUAUUAAACGACAUAACAGUAGUGAUUGUAUACAAAAUGAAUAUUUUAUAGACCAUAAUAAAAAUUACAAUAUGGAAGAGAAAUCUAGAAACCAUCAUAUUAAAAGAGAAGAUCAUGUUGUAUCUCAAAAAAUGGAAGACGCAAAUCAUAUAGAUGAACAUUACAACAAUAAAUACAUUAAAAAUAAUAUGAAGGAAAAGAAAAAUAAUACAGAAAUUAAUAAAAGAGAAAGUAGUAGUAUAGAAUAUUUUGAUAAAAUUAAUAUAAAAGAUAAAAAAAAAAGUAACAACAAUAAUAAUAUUAAUAGUAAUAAUAUUAUAAAUGUUAAACAAAGCAAUAUUUCUAAUAAAGAAUUGAAAAAAACUCAAAAGAAAAAAAUGAAAAGUACAGCACGUCAUAUUUUGUCUCCAGGUAGUGUCUUAUCUCCAUCUAACGUUUUAUCAUCUAAUAGUAUAUUCAGUUCAAAUACAAUAUUGUCAUCAAAUAAUAUUAUGUCGAAUAAUAUCAUAUUAAAUAAUAAUAAUAAUAGUAAUAGUAAUAUUACUAAAGAGGGGGAACGACACAGUUCCAAUAAUCCUUCAUGCAGUAAAGAAAAAAUUACACAUUCGAGGAAAGCCAAAAGUGUUUCUUCCAAAAAAAGUGUUCAGAGUAGCAAUAGCUCUGUAGGAAGUUCAAUGGAUACAUUAAAUCAUUCAAUAAAACAAGAUAAUAAUAAUAAUAAUAAUAGUAAUAAUAAUAGUAAUAAUAAUAAUAAUAAUAAUAAUAAUAAUAGUAAUAGUAAUAAAGUUAUAGAAAAAAAAAUAAAAUCAAAAGGAGAAGCACAAUAUGGACAGGAUGGAACAUAUGGACAGUCUGAACAUCAAAGUGAAUAUAUAUGUGUAAAUCAAAAAAACAAAAAAAAUGUUGUCAAAAAAAAUAAAACAUCCUGUAAUAGUGAUAGUCUCAAUCAUUCCUUAAACAAUAUAUCAGAUCACAUGCAUGAUAAGAAAAACGACGUAUUAACCGGAAAAAAUAAUGCUCACAGUAAUAAUUUAGAGCAUAGAGGUAAAAAGGUAGCUAGCGAAAAAAUAUCAAAAGAAGAAAAAAAUCUCAUACCUUCAUCAUCCGAAUUAUGUACAUCAUCAGAUGAUGAAGAAAUUCUUGAAUCAAUUACUGAAAAUGAUGAAAGGAAAUUUUUUAAUGAAAUAAAAGAAUAUCUAAAUAAGAAAUGUAUAAAAAAUGAUGAUAUGGAUGAUGAGACUAUUAUGAUGGAAAAUACUAUAUAUCAUGAUAAUUGUAUGAAUAAAAAAAUAAAAAGUGAUAAAAAGGAUUUAUUAAAUAUUUCUAAAGAUGAAUCUAGUUUAUCAAAAGACAUGUUGAAAGAAAAAAAAAAAAAAAAAAAAAAAGGCAAUUUAUUAAGACAAGAUAGUGAAACAAAUUUAGAAGAGAAUAAUAUGGAUAUAUUAAUCCAUAGUGAUAAUAAUAUAAAUAAUAAAAGUUGCGAUGAUAAAAAAAAAAAUGAACGUAAUAAACAAAAUGACAGUGACAGCAUUAAUAAAAUUCAAUGUCAUGGUGAAGAUAAGAAAAAAAAUACAGUUACAUUAACACAAAGUAAUGAACAUUCAAAUUAUUUGAAUAAUACUCAAGAGAAUAAUAAUGAUGAAUUUAAUAAUACCAAAGAAUGUUUGGAAUCUUCAUUCAAAGAUGAUACAUUCCAAAAUAACGUUAUAGAAGAUUGUCCAAAAAAAAAAAGUUUAGAAAAUAUUAUAAAACAAUUACCAACAGAUAAUAGUAAAAGGAAAGUUUCAAAUAAUGGAAUGAUGAACAUAUUAUUUGAAGGGGAGAAAAAAAAUGGCUCAUUAGAUGAAAAUAAUGAUUUAAAAAAUGAAGAAAAUGAAAAUGAAAAAAAAUUAAAUGAUUACUUGAAUAAAUUGUUGAAAGAUAAUAAAAUAAAUGAGAUCAAAAUGGAAAAUAAAGAAAAAGAUGAAGAAGAAAAGAAAAAAAAUACUAAUACGAAUAAUGAAAGUUUUAUAGAAAAAUUAUAUAAUAAAGGUAAAAAUAUUUCACGUAUGUAUGAUGAAAAAUUUAAUUCAUCAAAUGAUAAAUCUGGAAGGGAAGGAAACGAAAAAAAUAAAAACAAUGUAGAGAAUGACAAGACUGUUGGAUAUACUAAAAAUGUAUCAGAUGAAAAUACUGUGGGAUAUACUAAAAAUGUAUCAAAUGACAAUCCUGUGGGAUAUACUAAAAAUGUAUCAAAUGAAAAUCCUGUGAGACACAUUAAAAAUGAUGAGGAUGAAAAAAGUGGUAUUUCCAAUAAGAAUGAAAAAAGUGGUAUUUCCAAUAAGAAUGAAAAAAAAAAUAACCUGCAACAAGUAAGUGAGAAUACUAAAAAUAAUUUUGUACAUAUGAAAGAAAAUAUAAUAUAUCUUACUGACGAAGAAGCAACAAGAAAUAUGUCUAUCAUUCAACAGAAGAGUCGUAAGUUUAAAGAAAUUUUUAUAUCUUUUAUUAAAAGAGAUGAUACAAAAAAAACAGAAGAUAUCGAAAAAAAUGGAGAAAAUAAAAAGAACGCGAAAAAGGAUAAUCAAAAUAAUAAUAAUAUAAAUAAUAAUGAUAAAGAUAAAAUUUUGGAUUCAUAUAAGAAACAAGAAAAUGAAAAACAUUAUGCAGAUAUGUAUAGCUUAAAAAGAAAAUGUUAUGAUGAUGAUGAUGAAAAGUAUAGAAGAACCUUUUUUAUAAAAGAUAAAUCAAGUGAUGACAUUACUGCAGGUAGUAAGGAAAAAAAAAGCAAAGAAAUGGAAUCGAAUAAAUAUGAAAAAAAUGAUAUUAAUCAAAAGAAUAAUAAAAAUGAUGAAACCCAUUUGAAUGAUAAUAAUAUGGUUAAUAAUAGUUAUAAUAUUUUAAAAAAGGAUUUAUCUUUUACUAAUGAUAUAGAAGGCAAAAUGGACUCCUCCUAUGAAAUGACAAAGGAUAAUGGUAUGAAUGAUAAUAUAUCUGAAUCAACAAAUUCUGGGAAUAAGAAAAAACCAAACACAUUAUAUAAUAACUUUUUAGAAAGUUUAAAACAUGAAUCUUGUAAAGAAGUAGUUGAAAAGGUAAAAAAUUUUAUUUUAAAUUUCCCUAAUAAUUUAAGCAGAGAAAAGGCUGCAAAUAAUAUUCAUCAUUUUAUAAAUGAAACACAACCGAUAUUAUUAAGGUCAGAAAUAUAUAAAUCUUUAAAUAAAUAUCAAAUAAAUAUGAUAGUAGAAGGAUAUGAGAAAUUUAUUAUGCAGAAAUUAUAUUUUUAUUUAUAUCGUAUGGAUCCUAAUGAUAAGGAUGAUGAUGAAAAAAUAUAUACAAAGAUUAAUUGUUUGCAGUGGAUAGAAUUAAAGCAUUUAGAAAUAAUUGAAGAAAUUAAUUUCGAACGUUUAAAAAUUGCACAGCAAGAACUUUUGAGAAUACAAAAAAUGAAAGCACCUAAUGAUAAAUUAAUUAUGAUAUUAAAUUGUUGUCGUAUAGUUACAUCGGUGCUUUAUGCUGCCAAAAGGAAUAUAAAAAGGAAGAAAAAAAAAAAAAAGAGAGAAAAUAAAAAUGAAAAUGAAAAAAAAAAUGAAAAUAAAAAAAAAAAUGAAAAUGAAAAAAAAAAUGAAAAUAAAAAUAAUAAUAAAUGCAAUAAUGUGUUUGUUAUAAAUGACGAGGAUAUAUUAGAAGAGAAAGAUAAUAUUAAGAAAAAAAGUGGAGAGAAUAAUCAAAAUGAUCAAAGUGAUAAUCAGAAUUAUGAGAUGUCUAAUAAGAUGGAAGAAUGUGUAAAAAAUUCCCAUAAAUAUGAACAGCAAGGUACUUUUAAAGAAUCUGAGGAAGACGUUGAUUAUUUGAAAAGUGGAUUGAAUAAUAGAGAAGAUACUUUGCAUAAUAAUUAUAAAAGUAAUUCCUUGCAAACUAUAACGGAGAAUGAUGAUGAAAAGGAUAAUUAUGAUAAUGAACAAAAUAAUUAUGAUAAUGAACAAAAUAAUUAUGAUAAUGAACAAAAUAAUUAUGAUAAUGAACAAAAUAAUUAUGAUAAUGAACAUAAGCUUUUUGAUGGUGAUGGUAAUAAUGAAAUAGAUGAUGACAUUGAUGAUGAAAUUGAUGACGAUGAUGAUGAUGAAUUGUUACCUUGUGCUGAUGAAGUUCUUCCACUUCUUAUUUAUGUAAUUAUCAAAACAAAUCCACCCGAAAUUAUUUCAAAUAUUAUUUAUAUUCAAAAUUUCCGUCAUCCUAGUCGUUUUAUUUCAGAAGAAGCAUAUUCAUUUACUCAAUUUUGUAGUGGUAUAGAAUUUAUUAAAGAGCUUGGUAAAACAACCUUUUUAAAUAUAUCUGAUGAUGAAUAUAAAGAAAAAGUAGCUAAUGCUGAAAAAUCAUAUUUAAAUGAAGUUAAAGAGAGUAAUAAAAAAUUACAAGAAGCUGCGGGAAAAUUAAAUGAUUUGAUAAAAUUAUCUAAUGAAAAAAAAUUCUGUAAUAAUAUAAUUAAUAAAAUAGAAACAUAUAAAUUCCAAUAUGAACAUGAAAAAAGUAUAGAUUCUUUAACAAUCUCUAAUCUUAAUUCACUUUUUGAAGAAUAUAAAAUUCUUGUGAAAUUAAAAAAUGAUAUUCUAAAUGAUAUGCAAGAACAUCUUAACGAUAAUCUAAUACAACAAUGA